AUGGAAGGAGCAGAGGUGGAGUUAGAGAGAAGAAGCAAGUUCUUGAGCAGUUUGAUACAGAAGAAGAAAGCUAUAGAGCAACAAGAACAACAAGACCAGCUCAAUGUUCGUGUUAGAGCCUCUGACAUGCCUGUGGCUUUGCAGAACAGAGCCUUUAGGUGUGCCAGAGACAACCUUGACUCCAUGACUGGGAAGAUUGACAACAAACGUUUAGCUGUUACCCUCAAGAAGGGUAAUCUAUUACAUAGUUACAAGCAAGAGCUUAGUCAUAGGAAAGAGUCACGAGAAACUAGCCGGAGGAUACUUAAAUCUUCAUCUUUUAUUCAGAUCCCGAUAUUACUUGAUCCAACCUCAUUCAUUAUCCGUGAUUACAUGACUUUUUCGAGACAACAGUGGUUUACGUACCCUCUUCUCUUAUCAGAACGCUCUGACCUUGCUAGCACUGAUUUGAACAUUAAUCAGAAGUGCAAGAGAUUUGCCAUUGCUGCCAUUUUCCUUUGUUCUUCUGAAUUUGACUCAUCCUAUGGUCCUGCUUGGCAUUGCAUCGUAGGGACAAGCUUCGGCUCAUAUGUCACACAUUCCCUGGGAGGUUUUUUGUAUUUUUCGAUUGAUAAGGUCUACGUUCUUCUCUUCAGGACUGCUGUUGAGCCUUUGGAUCAUUGA